AUUAGGUGGGUCGUGCCUGGGCUGGAGAUGCUCUUACUUUAUAAGCCUCCCCCGCCGCCGGCAGUGAGUUGCCUUCGCGCGCAGCCUGCACCCCGCACCGCCGCCGCCUCCGCUUUGCCCCUGACGCUGCAACCGCUACCGUCGCCAUGGACCCGGUAAGAUCUGACGUCUCCGUUGAUGCGCAGCUUAAGGAGCUGAAGGCGGAGCUGAAGGAACAUAGGGCGGCCAAGGAAAAAUCUCUCCCCGGCACCAAGGUCACCAAGGGUCCCCCCUCCGAGAUCCUCCCUUUUCUCGCGGAGGUGGUGAAGAAGCAAAGGGCGGCGCUGCGGGAGGCGUACAGCAACCGCGAACCACUCAUCCUCCGUCUCAACUCCCGGCAAGACCCGUGCGCAUCACCACCAGCUUUCUCUGAAGAUGGAGAGGGAAAGGAAGCAUAAGAACUACUUGUCCAUGAGGAAGUAUAAUAAAGGCCUAGGUCAGGACUGCGAUAGAAUGCUUAGCAUAGUGUGGAAGUAUUUUGUGUUUGCUCUGUUGUUACCUGAA